AUGAAGGCCUUAAUUCUAGCACUGGCAUUGACCCUUGUGGGUUGUCAGCAACAAAAACAAACUGAAGGUGAUGUUGCCACAUAUGCAGUCGAAUUUCAAAAUACAAUCAGACUCCCAGGAAAAGGUGCAGGAAGCUCUGGACUGAAAUUAAAAUGUAAAAUUGCCAUUGGCCAAAUUGCACCAGACCGUAAAGUUCUACAGCUUCAUAGCGUUGAAGUGCUUGAGCUCAAUGGCAUCCAGCCACAGCAGGACUUCAAGCAGUCAUCCAAGCUGACCAAGAUGUUUGAGGAAGACUUACCUGGCAUAGUUACAUUUCGCCACAGGAAAGGCUUUGUUGAUGACAUCAUGGCUUCAGGACACUUCUCAGAAUAUAAACUUGGAGUCUACAAAGGACUUCUGAACAACCUGCAAUAUUCCAUGAAGCUAGACCAGAAAAGCUACAACUUAAGAGAGAAUAGUAUUUGGGGGAGGUGCAACACAACAUACCUUGUUCAAAAUGCUGUAAAAGCCGAUGAGAUCUUCAUGACCAAGUCCAUGGACUUAAACGACUGUGACAACGCUGCUUUCAAGAUCUUUGGUGCGUCGCAUGUUACUCCAUGUGAAGCCUGUCAACAGAAAGUCAAACCUUUCCAAGGCUCAGCUACAUUCAAGUACAGAUUUAGGGAUGCACAAAAGGGAGACAACGAGAGAACAAUUAUGCAGGUCGAAGGUGUGGAAAUCCGUGAGUUCGCACCAUUCAAUGAGCUUAGUGGAGCAACAGGCAUCAUGGAGGCCAGGCUUAAAAUGGUAUUCAUCGAUAUGCAUGGCCACUUGCCGCAUGUCCCUUCUGACUUGAAGAGAUGGGGCUCACUUACCUACAGGUUUAAUUAUGAACUUCCUCCUCUUCCUAUUCCAUUGAUAAAGAGCAACAACGUAGAGAGAGAAAUUGAGGAAAGAUUGCAGUAUUUGGCAGGACACCCAAAUGCAAAGUUUCCAAGAGAUGGUGCAAUUAAAUACCUGCAGGCUAUCGAACUUGUGCGUGACAUGAACGAUACAAAAUAUUUAGAUUCGCUCUUUAGAAAACAUGCCAAUGAGCCAACACUCAGACACCUCAUCGUGCAACUAGCUGCUGCCGCUGGUACUCCAGAUGCACUUAGAUUCUUGAAACAUAGGUUUGAUCAGAGAGAAAUCAGCAGGAUUGAAGCGACAAUGGCAUUUGUUACCUUCUUUCAUACCUGUACUCCAUCUCCAGAAAUCCUAGAAACAGCUAUGGCAAUUGUGACAGAUGCCCUCAAAGGCCCCAGAAGUUUCUACCGCAGCUUUACCUGCCUUGCCUAUGGAACUGUUGUUAAAAAAUACUGUUCUUCCUCAGAAACUUGCCCUGACAAAUACAUCAAGCCUUUGAAUGAUUUUGCAAUUAAAGCAAAACGUACAUCCGACAUAGAUGGACAAAUGCUGGUACUGAAGGCCUUAGCAAAUGUGGGACAUGUCAUCAUUGAGAAGCCCAUCAUGAAGACCUUUGCAGCUCUCAUUUCUUCUCCUGACUCCCUGCAUCCUUGCGCUGCCAUCUUAGCUCUAAGAGGCCUUGUUGAGAAGUAUCCUGCACGGGUGGAAGCACUUACUGUUCCAAUCGUCAUGGACAACAGGAUAGAACCCGUAACUCGUAAAUGUGCUGCCAUGGUUUAUAUGGAAUCCCUACCAGCUCUCCCUUCAUUGAUGGCAAUGACUAAUUAUGCAUCAGAGACACCCAUGUCAGAAGUGAAAUAUUUCCUGUUAACUCUUAUACGUGAAGCGGCCACUUGCAGAGCUCCUGACUGCCAAGAGAUGGCUUCUGCCUGCAGAGUGGCACUUAAAGUACUGAGCAUCAAGAUUCAACGGCCUAGCUAUCGCCACAGCAUGGUUUACUUCUUUGGUCUUCACAGUGAACGACUUAUGGCUGGUUUGAGAGCUGAGGUUGUCAGCAUAGGCAAAGAAGGAAAUAUCCUCCCAUUGUUUACCAUGUUCAAAACCAGGGCGAACAUCCUUGGCGUCUCCUCUGAUCUUGUAGAGGUCGGCGUUAAGAGUAUAGGACUAUCUCGCCUUUUUGAAAGGGCAUAUGCAGAAGGAAGGCUCCAUGACUUGCCCUUCGAUCAGAAAAAAGGAGGACACGACCCAACAUUUGGAGGACUAUAUCUCAAAUUAGCACGCCAAGAAAUCGCGUAUGUGGAGCUCACUCCUGAUGUGAUCCAGGAUGCAUUGCAGAUAUUCCAUGGCAAAAUGCCUCUCCCCUGGAUAAAAGAUUCCGCAGAUGGCCUUAAAAAUCAUCCAAACAUGCAGUGGGAAAACAAUUUAGUAUCUGCAGAAAUCUACGGUGUUGUGCCUACAUGCACUGGACUUCCACUUCAAAUAAACUUGGUUCAUUUUACUCACACAUCAGUCAAUGGAAACGUUCAGUUAUCCAUGAGUCCUGAGCCGACAUCACAUUUGAGUUUCCCUGACUUGCUUAACAUCGAUAUGAAACUGAAAACCAGAUUGUCUGUCAGCAUGAACAAAGAUAUGCUCGUGACGAUGGGAAUCGUUGUCCCUGAAUUCCAGGCUAUAAUACAAGAGAAUGUCAAAAUGGUUACCAAUAUCCCUGUGAACGUUGAUAUCUCUAUGAACAUUAAGGAAAAGACCUUCAAACUUGAACUUCCACCAUGCAGAGAGGAAACUGAACUCAUGUCUUUCAGUGCUAUGACAUCUGUUAUCACUCGCAACCUUGAAGAGGCACCUGCAACCAAGUCAACUCCACUUUUCGUCCCUCAAACUGUGUCUAAAAUAAUAAGAGGCUCCUUUGAGUCAGCAGAACAACGGAAUGAAAGAAGGGACCAAAUUUCUGCAGAACGGUCAGAACAUUACAGGCCUGCCCCUCGUCGCACUGAGUGUGUUGAAGCAUGCACAUUUGGAUGCAGGGCUUGCGUUGAAUGGUCAAACAUUUAUGCUGGGUGCUCCAUAGAUGACUCUCUGUACAACUUGGCUGGCGAACAUACUUUUAGAGUAACACUCAAGCAAGCUGAGAGAAGAGCACCCAUUGAGAAGUUACGAUUGACUGUUCAAGGAGGCGCUCAUUCUAGUUUACCAAUGGUGCGUUUGACGCGAGAUGAAGAAAGACAUUUAAGAAGAAUUCAGCCCAUCAGCAGUUCCAGCGAAAGUGAUAGCGAUAGCUCUAGUGAUAGCUCUGACACCUCAAGCAAUGAUUGGGAUGACCGUGAUGACGAUGAAAUGAUAGAUAUGAAGCAGCAAGAACGUUAUCAGAAGCACCCCAGGAAGACUUCUUUGAAGAGCAGCAGCAGCAGCAGCAGUGACGACAGCAGCAGCAGCAGCGACAGCAGCAGCAGAAGCAGUGACAGCAGUAGCAGAAGCAGCGAUAGCAGCAGCAGUAGCAGCGAUAGCAGCAGCAGCAGCGAUAGCAGCAGCAGCGACAGCAGCAGUAGUAGUAGCAGCAGUGACAGCAGUGACAGCAGCAGCAGCAGCGACAGCAGCAGUAGUAGCAGCGACAGCAGCAGCAGCAGUGACAGCAGCAGCAGCAGCGACAGCAGCGACAGCAGCAGCAGCAGUGACAGCAGCGACAGCAGCAGCAGCAGCAGCAGUGACAGCAGUGACAGCAGUGACAGCAGCAGCAGCGACAGCAGGAGCAACAAGAAACAAUCCAAGGGCCGCCCAAGCAAACAGAAGCAUGUUAAGGACAGCCACAUUAGCAGCGGCAAGAGACCUUCAAAGGACUUGCGAGGUCUGGAAUUGGCUAACGCGAAAUACAUGGCACACAAGGCAAAGCAGCAGGUGAAGCACCAGCAAGCAUCAAGCAGUUCAUCAUCAUCCUCCGAAUCCAGUAGCAGCUCUAGCAGCGACUCCAGAAACACCAGAAGCAGCAGCAGAGACAGAAAGCAGAAAGGCGGAAGGGGCAGCUUCUCACGGGAGGACCAGUACCAGGACCAUGGCGAUUCACUACGACCUUACGUUACCAUUGUGGCUGAGGCAGUUAGGAGUGAUAAGAAAGAACAGGGCUACAAAUUUUCAAUGUACAUGAAGCAUGACCGCUACAAAGCCCAGAUGAAAAUAGUUGGAAGUGAGCUUGCCAGAACCAAGUGGAGAGCAUGUCUUGAUAGUGUUGUGCAACCUUACAACCUCCAGAAUCAACUGAGCUGGGGUGACAACUGCAAAGAUUACAACAUUCGAGUAAAGGCUUCCAGUGGACUGGUUGCAGAACGGGACGCAUUCGAAAUUGAGAUGAAAUGGACAAAGGUUCCACGCUAUCUAGAGAAAUGUGCUGCUUGGGUUAUGGAUCUCAUUCCUGGUAUUGCAUACAUGAAAUACUUCACAGCGGUUUAUCAGAAGAAUCCUUCACGCCAGAUUCUGUUCAGAAUAGUCCAGUCCUCUCCAUGGACAACAGCUACAAUCUUGAGAGUUCCCGGGGAAACCUUUUACAGAGAUGGCCUCUGUUUUCCAUUUUCUUUACCCGCUUUCGAAACUCCAUAUUAUCAAUCUUCAGCAAAAAGGGCAUAUGAUUUAUUUGAAUUAAUGUCAUGGGCACCCAAAGGAGGUGAAGCUGUAUGUGAGGUGGACAACGAACGGAUCAUGACCUUUGAUAACAAGGUAUUCAAUGUAACUACAACCAAACAUGCCUGUGACCUUCUGGUAGUCCAAGACUGCAACAAAAAUGAAAAUUAUGAACCACGGUUCCGUGUUUGGAUAUCAAAGUCCAGACCUGAUAGUCCAGGAGAGGUUCACGUCAAUAUCUCUUCAGAGAUCAGAAGUUAUAUCAGAAUCUUACCUACCAUGAAUAAGCUUUCUUUGUUAUACAAUGAGAAUCGGGUCCUGCUUGACAAAAAGGAGUUUGAGGAUGAGAAAGCGCACGUUAAAAUGUGUAAAAAUGAGACCACUGUUGCUAUUGAGGCACCACUGAUAGGCCUAGUGAAUGUGACGUACGAUGGCGAAACUCUGAUGAUUACAGUCGCUUCCACCAUGAGAGGUAAAACCUGCGGACUCUGCGGAAACAAUGACGGUGAAAUGAGUAAUGAAGCCCAGAUGCCCAAUCAAGAACAGGCAUCAACCACUACAGAGCUUUUGCGUUCCUGGUCUUUGACGGAUAGGUGUGAUAGAGGUGAUAGAGGUGUAGAGACAAAAAUUAGAAUUGUAUACAGCAUUAAAUGGAAGCAACGUCUGACUCAGAGGCUUGGGCAGCUUAGCUCUGAGAAGACUCCAGACUGGGUGAACAUUACCCUGACAACGUACUUCAGAUCAACCUUUCGAUAUCUCAAAUUAACUGAGUUAUCUCGAGAACCACCUUGGGGAUGCCAGUGCUACAUCAAAUGA